ACGUGGAAGUCAAACGUUCGUUUCCGCUCGGUCUUCCGGGUUGGUGAAGUUUUUGUAGCAGCUGUAGUUGUUGUUAUUUCCCAGGUAAUGGCUACGGACCCGGUACAGUCGCUCCGGCUGUCGGAGAUAAAACACCCAACCAGCCUGUUCGAGCGGUACAACACCGAGGAGAUCCGGCGCAUCGAGCGGAGAGUCCGCGGCGAGAUCGAGCAUAAGAAGGAAGAGCUCAGACAAAUGGUCGGGGAGCGCUACCGGGACCUGAUCGACGCCGCCGACACCAUCGGAGAGAUGAGACAGUGUUCGGAGAGUGUGGUCCACUCCAUCCAGGACAUGCAUCAGUACUGUCAGGUUCUGAAACAGGGCAGAUCCGCUGUGGGCAGCUCCAGACAGGAGAGCCAGAAACAGUGGCAGGACAAGUUCUACACAAUGGCGUCCCAGAUAAAGCUCCUUCUGGAGAUCCCAGAACGCAUCUGGAGUGCCAUGGAGGCAUCCCAGUACCUCCAGGCCACUCAGCUCUACCUGCUGUGCUGCCACCUGCACAAACUGCUGCACCUGGAGAACGCCGCAGGAGGUCACUACAGUCCUGUCCUGGCCCGGUUCCCUAUCGUGGUCCGCCAAGUAGCCACCACUGGGCACUUCAGGUCCACCAUUCUGCUCGACAGCAAGUCUCUUCUGCGAGGCCGGGCGGUGUCUGACCAGGCUAUUGCUGAAGCCCUUGUAUCCACCAUGCUGCUUGAGGGCAGUUCCCCACGUCAGGCCCUGGCUGAUUUCCUGCUCGCCCGAAAAGCUUCCAUUCACCAGCUGCUCAACCAGCCUCAGCAUGGUGCAGGGAUCAAGGCUCAGGUGUGCAGCCUGGUGGAACUGCUGGUCACCACUCUGUUCCAGGCCUACGCUGUCUUCUACCUGCCUCCAGAAGGAGGCGCCAGACCUGGAGAUGCAGCUCUGAGCUGCGGCAUGCUCUUCUCUGUCCUGGACAAUGUUACCUCCAGCAGUCCAGCAGCUAAAGUACAGAAGGUGCUGCAGGAGGAGGCGAGCACAGGAAGCUGGUUCAGGCACCUUCCUCCCUCCAUCACAGAGUUCCAGCCUGCGCUGCGCACCCUGGCUCAGCCAAUCCAGAGAGAGCAGCUGCGGGACACCCUGCAGCAGUGGAUAGACACAUGUAAGGAGGACAUCUGCCAUGGCGUUGGAAGUCUCCUGGUCUACGUGAAAAGCCUGAAAGGGCUGGCGUCCAUCAGAGAUGCAGUGUGGGACCUCCUGUCCACGGACUCCAUCAGUCAGCAUUGGAACAGUGUGUGUCAGAGGCUGCUGGACCGCCCCCUGCCUGUCUGGGAUGACUUCCUUCAGCAGCUUUUCCUCCAGCGCCUGCAGACCAUCACUAAAGAAGAAACUGAAGCCAUUUCAUCCAGUUCUGUCCAGCUUCUCAUCUCCGCGGUGAAGGAUCUUGAGGAUCAGCCCGCAGGUGCCAACCUCAGCUCUGGACGUAGGAGCCAGUAUGAGAUAGACGUGGCCUCCUUCCUGUGGUCCGAGUCUCCAGGAGACCUUCCCAGUGAUGCAGGGUGGGUGAGUGUGAGCCAGCGUGGGCAGCAGCAUCAGAGGAGUGGUCUGGCCAUGAAGACCCAGGCCCUCACACCGUGUGUCCAGAACUUCUGCUCUUCAUUGGAUGCAAAGCUGAAGACCAGACUGGAUGACCUCCAGCACUACCUUCCCUCUCAGGAUGCAGGUUCUGACUCCGUCUCAGCUUCUUCUUCUGGACCUGCCAACGUCUCGCCUCCCUCCUCCUUUAAUCGCUUCACGGACUCCCCGGCCGUGGAGGACGCCUUACGCGAAGGCUCCCUGGCCUGUGUCCGUCACAUCCUCUCUUCUGUUCGUGCUGAACUGUCCUCGUCCUCACCUCAGCCCAGUCCCUCCCUCCUUAGUUCAGUCCUCUUCAUGGCCAGACUCUGUCAGUCCAUGGGUGAACUCUGUCCCAACCUGAAACAUUGCAUCCUGGGAAAACAGAAUGGCGCUGACCCCUCCAUCAAAGGGACACCCAGGCCGUCCAAGAAGCUGGGCAAGGCCAGGGCUGCCGCAGAGGUCAGUCCUGUACAGGCCAAGUGGGCGGAGCUGAGGGAGGAGCUUCUCAACUGCAGCAUGGAGGCCUAUCGCAUUUGGUGCUCCACCGUGUCCAAAGUGUUACUGGACAAGUUUGCAUCAGUUCUGCAUUCCAAGUCUGCUGGUGACAUCCUGACCACAGCCACCAACUGGGAAGACCUGGAGAUUCAGGAGGAGGCGGAGUCAGGGAGCAGUGUGACGUCGAAAAUCCGUCUUCCAGUGCAGCCGUCCUGGUUCGUCCAGUCAUUUCUGUUCCAGCUGUGUGUGGAGGUAAACAAAGUGGGGGGCCACGCCCUCCCACAGCCCACACUCCAGGAACUGCUGAAGGUCUGUCUGAGUCAGGUUCUGCAACACUACCACAGCCUGUCACAGCAGGACCACACAGAGGGGUGCGUGUUCCCCAUGACCCAGAACAGAGCUCUGCAGCUCUUAUUUGACCUGCGUUACCUCAACACCAUGCUGAGCAGCCGGCUGGACGAGGGCAAGAGCUCCCGCACCCACCAAGACCCCAGAUUUCACGAGGUCUGUGAUUGGCUGGAAAGUUUCAUCGACCCCUUUGACCUGGACGUGUUCACACCUCCGCUCAACAACAACCUCAGCCGGAUGUCCCAGAGGAGCUCGGUACUGCUGGGUCUACUGACUGGAUCGGAGAAGCAGUUCACAACACGCAGCAGUAGUGUGAACGCUCAGGAACCCUACAACAUCCUGCCACUGGCCAGCAGCCAGAUCAGGUUCGGGCUGCUGCCUCUCAGCAUGUCCAAUGUCCGCACGUCCAAGACGGCCUCCAGGAUUUCUGAUGCUCCGCUCCAGAUGGCUCCUCCCCCCUCAGCAGCAGACAGUGAGGCCACUUUCAGGCCGGGGAACCUCUUCAGACAGCUGGCCAAUCAGGAAGAAGAUGCCAGUGCUCCAUCGUUAUUUAAACUCAGCUGGCUCUCUGGCAUGGCCAAAUAAAACUUUUUUUUUAUGUAUCUAUGUUAAAGUUAUGUCAAAAUAAAUAUUUGUGUUUUGGGGGAAAAGACAA